AUUUGCUUAUUCUGAUUCGAGUUUUACGUUUCAAUGGAUAUAUAAUUUUAUUUAUUCACAUAUUCUAUUCAACUUCUAUUCCUUGUAAAAUAAUUCGUGGUUGUGAUCAUCUUUGCACUAUUUCAUAUUGCCAGUUCAAGCAACAGUCAAGAUUCGUUUACCUAUUUGCUCAACUCGACCAAGAAUUUUAAAUGGAUAUUCGAAAAUACUUCUGUGAGUGGAAAUUCAGAGACAAUUUCAUCGAACAAUUUAAAACUUUUGCAGUGUGGAGAGAUGAAUAUUAUUAUGGAAAUGCAUUUAUUGUUACGAAUAACAACGAAGUGUAUACAGUUGGAAGUAUUAUUGAGAAAUGCGUGGUAAAUGAUUCAUCCUCUCCAGAAUCCAAUGCGGAAACUGACUUUUAUGAACCGGUGAAACUUUCCCUGUUAUGUGGGAAAGAAAUUAAAAAAUUUGUAUAUGGGAACAAACACGUUUUCAUUUGCACUGAGGAAGGCGAAGUUUUUGGUUUUGGAAAUUUCUUUGAUGAAGCAAAAGCAGAAUAUAGAUUUGUUUUUCCGCAGAAAGUGUCUGCACUUGUGGGACUGUGUGUAGUGGAUAUAGCCAUUGGACCACAGGAGCAACAUUUGGCUUUAUGUGAUGAUGGAAAGCUUUAUAAAUUUGAAUUUGGCAAACCCUCCAAAUAUCUGAUCGACUCCAGUGCAGUGGAAGCAAAACCAUUGAAUGUAUUUUAUGUGGAGGAAAGUUUUUGUGUUUCAUUGUUGGAGAACGGAAAAGUGAUGAAGGUAGUCAUCGGUGAUCAAGCGUUUUCGAACUCCAAUGAUUCUGAGAGCAGUGAUGAAAAGUGUGAGGGCAGUGAUGAAAAGCAUGAAAGCAGUGGUGAAGAGGAUGAGAGCAGUGAUGAAAAUUAUGAGAGCAGUGAGGAGAAGGAUAACUGCGAAGUAAUGAUUUUUCGAAACAGUAUCAAUCUAGACGAUCAUCCUAAAAUUACAAAAUUGAUUGGCGGAUAUACUCGCGCGCUUGCUGUAGAUGAACAGGGUCGCUUAUUUGUUACUGGCCAUGAUUACAGUGGACAGCUGGGACUCGGUGGAACUGAAUCUUCAGGAAUUCAUUAUGAUUACUUCAAGCACAAUUCAUUGCUUACUGAAAAGGUUGUUGACAUUGCUGCUAGUUGUUCUUUUCAUCUUUCAGCAGCAUUGACUGAAAGCGGUAAAGUAUAUGUAUGGGGUGAAGGUCGAGGUCCAGAAAUGCGUAAACCUCAACUUACAGCAUUCGAAUCUCUUCAUGAAGUUUUCCUCUAUUAUUCACUCAAUUUGGAAACUUACAAACCGAUAAAUGUUGACGAAUUAUCAGCUGUCACUUCUAAGAUUAAACACAGCAUGACAGAUGCUCAAUAUUUCCUAACGAAUUCGUUUGAAAAAGCCUUCGAUGAUCCGAAAUUCUGCGACUUGUUUGUUGUGGUGGAAGGUAAAACGAUUCCGGUCCAUAAAUCGAUAUUAGCUGUGCGAUGUGAACAUUUCGCCGAAGUAUUUCAGAAAGAUUGGCAGAUUGAAAAACCGAGUGUUUUAGAAAUUGAAGACGGCGAUUUCAAAGUGUACAAAGCUUUCCUGAAAUAUUUGUACACGGACCAAAUGGAUGAUACGCUAUCCUUCAACGAAGUAAUAGAAUUACUCAACUUGACAAAUAAAUAUAAAUUGAAAUCAUUAGCGAAGCGUUGUGUACUGUUGAUACAGCCAAAUAUUACCAUCGAAAAUGUCAUAUUUUUAUACGAAAGUGUAUUUGUUAUGAGAGAAAAAACGAAGAUGAAAGAUGAUAUUCUAAAUCAGUUGAAGGAAUCCUGUGUAAAGUUUGCUGCAAACAAUUUGUUUGCCAUUGGAGUUUCUGACGAAUUUGCUAAGUUGAAUGAAAAAAUAUCUAAAAAAUUAGUCUUGGAUGUUAGUAAACUCAAACAUAAGAAAUAUGUUUCGAGGACGUCGAAAUAAAUAUUUGUGGGUGUAGGUACCUACGUUAUUUUUCAUAAGUGCUUAUUCAUACCUGUCAAUGUGAUUUUUUUUUUCAAUGUGAUUUGAAAAAGACUUUGUACUGUAAUUUUAUAUUAUCCAUUUUAUUUUUAAUUCGAGUUUUUUGUGAUAGAAUAUUGUAUAUGUAUCUAUGUUUCCACGAGUUUUAUACGUUAAAGAAAUGCUGAAAGAGAAAAUAGAAUUCGACACCUCAUCAAUGUAAUCUGAAAAUUCAGAUUUCAGAUGUCCAGCUUGAUGCCAAGGAAAAUAACUCAAUGCCCUAGGAUUCUUACUUAUUCAAAAUCUCCUUGUUCGUGAAUUGUGAAUUUUUCAUUUUUUUCUGCAAUAAGAAAACAUUGGGUGAAAAUUUUUGAAUUUGGAUCGAAAAAAAUGGAUUUUGAACAAAUAGACAAGCACGAAAAUUCAUGGAAAGAGUCACAAAAACUGUAAAUACAAGAUUACAGGGACUGAAUUCAAUUUUGACCUUAUUUAUGGUAUUUUUUUGAAAACUGGAGAAUUUGAAAAUCCCUAAAGGUUCCAAAAUAGCUCAAAACCAUCACUAAUAUCCUCGGAAGAUUGAAAAUAAAGUACCUACGUAGGUAUACUUAGGUAGGUAGUAGGUACCUACCAAAAUUGUGCUUUUGUUGUCCUCUUUGCUGCUAAAUGCGAAUCGUUGAAUUUUUUAUUUAAAAAAUUGAUAUGGUUAGUUUGAGCGAACCUGGGAAUAUAGAAAAUUCUACGAAUGAUUUCCUAUGGUGGUUAAGGGCCGAUUCCGCAUACUUUUUUGCAUAAGCAGCAGGCAGAAUCCUUAAGCAAGGUUCACACGUUUCAAGUUUUCUACUAAUCUUUUACUUUUUCCAUACUUGUAUAUUAAAGAGCUUUAGAUUA